AUGUCUCGACUCGGCCCGCCUCGGCCACACUCGCACUCCUCUUCUUCUUCGUCUUCUUCUUCCAGUCUUUCUCGACGCCGACAGUCGAUUCCUCGCGUGGCCCCCCUACCAACACCUCGCUACGACCAUUCCAUUCCGUCUGGAACAUCCGCCUGGGACCGUCAGCUACGGAGGCUGUCCGUCAUCCCCACAUGGCACCGCUUCAGCUCUGGGCUCUGGCACUCAGCUCGCAUCACAGCAGUAUUACGGGUUAAUAAUACUCGACCCCUUUCUUCAAGACCCAUUCGCCUCUUUCUGCAACAUUCGUCAACAGCACCGACCAGCUAUUUCGCUUUGUUCAUCACACUGAAAUCUGUCCCGCCAGUCUCACCCACCUACGGAGUACUCUUCUGCCGUCUCCCUCCCAUCCCCAGAGGAAGAAAGCUCCGCCGCCCCCUGUUGACUGACCACCUGUACUUGGAUUUGCUGAUAUCAGCCCAGAUAUCGGUUACACUCCUAAGCAGAUGCUGA